CUACAUCUCCCAUGAACCAACGGUUUCUAUUUCGACCGAUUUCGACACUACAAACUGUGCCAGAGGGCAAAAUCACUGAAUCUUACAAAUCGAGAAAUCAGCAGAAGGCAGCACCAUGUUGACAGAGGUUCUGUUAGCCCUGGUGCUGGGAGGAAUAAUCUACCUUCUGGUGCAGAGGAGUAAGAGGCAUCAGCUGAAGAGUGAGGAUGGCUGGUGGGGGGUGGGGAAUCCCCCAGAGACGGAAGAAGAAGAUGUCAGAAUUCACCCCUACACUGUCCGGACGAGUGACGAAGAGUUGGAGGACCUAUACAGGAGAAUAGACCAGACCCGACACGUUCCUUCUCUAGAGGACAGCCAAUUCAACUAUGGCUUCAACUCCCACUAUCUGCAGAAGGUGGUCUCCUACUGGAGGCAUGACUUUGACUGGAGGAGACAGGUGGAGAAACUGAACAAAUACCCACACUUCAAAACCAACAUUGAAGGCAUUGACGUCCAUUUCGUCCAUGUGCGGCCCACUAACCUCCCUGAGGGGGUGACUGCUGUGCCCCUGCUCAUGGUGCAUGGCUGGCCCGGCUCCUUCUACGAGUUCUACGGGAUGAUUCCACUCCUGACUGAACCCUCCAACCCAGACGACGCAGUGUUCGAGGUGGUGUGUCCCUCCAUCCCUGGAUAUGGCUUCUCUGAUGCUCCUCAUAAGAAAGGCUUUGAUUCGGUGUGCGCGGCGCGUGUGUUCCACAAGCUAAUGAAGAGACUGGGUUUCCAACAGUUCUAUGCUCACGGAGGAGACUGGGGAUGGAUAGUCACCACCAACAUGGCCCAGCUGGAGCCCCAAAUCAUUAAAGGUUUGCAUCUGAACUUUGCUCCCCCCUCCAAGUCGGGCCUGCUCAUGGUUCUGUCUCUAAUACUGGGCCGCCGUUUUCCCAAGCUGUUUGGCUUCGACGAGCAUGACGUCCAGCGUAUCUAUCCCGUCUUUCAGAACCUAGUGGUGGAGACUGUCAAGGAGUCAGGAUAUAUGCAUAUCCAGGCCACCAAGCCUGACACUGUGGGGCGAGCUUUGAAUGAUUCCCCGGUGGGUCUUGCAGCCUAUAUCUUGGAGAAGUUCUCCACGUGGACGGAUCAUGACUUCAGGAACUUGGAUGAUGGAGGACUAACAAGGAAGUUCAGUAUGGAUGACCUUCUGACUAACGUGAUGAUCUACUGGACAUCUGGCUGCAUCAUCUCCUCCAUGCGCUUCUACAAGGAGAACUUUAGCAAGGGUCUUUACCAGCCACACACAAAGAUGCCAGUGCACGUGCCCACCGGUUUUGCCAGCUUCCCCAAUGAGCUGACACACACCCCCAAGCUGUGGGUUCAGCAGAAAUACCGCCAGCUGAAGACGUUCACCCCCAUGGCUCGAGGAGGACACUUUGCCGCCAUGGAGGAGCCACAGCUCAUGGCCCAGGACAUCCAGAACUUCAUCAAGAUGCUGGAGAAGAGGAAGAAGUGAUGGUUCUAGUGUGCACAUCUGCCUUUCCUGUUUACUAAACAUCACCAAAUGCUAGGUCAGCGAGCACUAGUGUUAUGAUAGCAAUGGCAUGUGCCAGAAUUGACUUACUGACAAACACAUAGAGAGAGGUAUAUAUCAUAGCUGCCUUUUUAACACCCAUGGACAUAUAAUACUAGCAAGGUCUCAGAUGUGUUUGUGCCAUUUUGGCAUGACUAUAUAAUUUAGCAAGACCGCACAAACAGAUCUGACACAAGGCAAAUAAAAAAAGGUCUGGGUUUUGGUCAAUGCCAUUACAAUUCUGGUAAACCCAUAAGUUGCUGAUCCACUUUCUAGUUUGGAAAUUCAAAAUGGACCAAUUGAUAAGAACAUACUGAAUAUAACCACUGUUCCUAAAUAAUAAACUGGAGAACGCAGUCUGAAAAAGCCUCAUCUUAAGUUUUUCUUUCUGAUUACUUGCUAAAUCAAUGCCUGAGUGGUUAUGAAAUUAUGCAUCGUUUUGCAGUAGUUGCCUGAGAGCAAAUGUGUAUUUUACUCACCAGUUCUGUUCUUAUUUACACAAGUUAUUUACAAAAUUGUAUCAUUCCACAAAAAGCACUUUGUACUUCAGAUGCUACGCUACACUGAUUUAUACGUCUUGCCACGACAAAUCAUAUUAAUAAAAAUCUAAAGAAAAUGA